AUGAAGGCUGCUGGUAAGGAAAAACAGCUUGUUCAUAAAUUUUGGCAAGCAAAAUCACCUAAAACUAAUGAGGAAGAGCAGAAGUCUUUGAAUCUGGAGAAUAAGGAGGAUAAUAUGGUUGAUGCUUCAGCUGAGAGGGAUGAUGCGGCUCAGCUUAGAUUGCAAAACACAAUUGCAGCCAAGAAAGUGCUUGCUGCACGUACACAAUCUGCUCAUGCAGACCAUGCAAAGUUCGGGAUGAACCAAACUUCAGCUCAGUCCGGGAUAACUCAAUCCGUGUCUGAAUUGGAAACUGAAAUAAGAGUCGUGAAUAAAGAAACUUCUGAAGUUGUUGGAGCUACAGCUAGAGAAGAUAUUACACGAAUAGAUUCUAUCAAUGCAGAGGCCGGGAUGAACCAAAACUCUUCAGCUCAGUCCGGGAUAAACAAUACAACUCAAUCCGUGUCUGAUUUGGAAACUCAAAUAAGAGUCGUGAAUAAAGGAACUUCUGAAGUUGUUGGAGCUACAGCUAGUGAAGAUAUUACACGUACAGAUUGUAUCAAUGCAGGCCAUGCAGGUCAGACCGUGGUUGAUUUGAUAAAUCUUAAAAACACUCCUACUGACGUUAUUGAUGCUAAUCAGUUGGAAAAGGAGCUAGCUAAAUCUGCUGCUGAGUUGCGUGAGGCUCAGAUGAAGUUUAUUCAUUGUAAAAAUAACAUUGCAGAUCAGAAAGAUAUAGCUUUACGUAAGGAAGAUAUGGCUGCUCAGAGCUUUUCUAAAGAUGAAUGGACUCAAGUGGAAGGAAAGAAACCCCCUAGCAAAGCUAAAACUGAUGAGGAAGAGGAGAAGUAUUUGAAUCUGGAUAAUAUGGAGGAUAAUAAGGUUGGUGCUUCAGCUGAGGUUUGUGAAGCUCAUCUUAGGUUGAAAAACGCAAUUGCAGCCAAGGAAGCGCUUGCUGCACGUACACAAUCUGCUCAUGCAGACCAUGCAAAAGUUACGCAAGUGACAUCUAAUACUCAAAUUCAGUCCGAGAAGAAGCAAAACUCUGAAGUUCAGUCCGUGUCUGAGUCGGAAACCCAGACAAGAGUCGUGAACAAACAAAAUUUCGUGGCUAAAUCUGUGAGCAAAGAUGGGAUACUAGCCGUGAACAAACCAAAAGCUAAAGAAGAUAAUGCACGUACAGAUUCUAUCCAUGCAGGCCAUGCAGAUGCACUUGAAGUUAUUGAUGAAGCUAAUCAGUUGGAAAAGGAGCUUGCUAAAUCUGCUGAUGAGUUGCGUGAAGCUCAGAUGAAGUUUAUUUAUUCUAAAACUGAUGAGGAAGAGGAGAAGUCUUUGAAUCUGGAUAAUAUGGAGGAUAAUACGGUUGGUGCUUCAGCUGAUGAUACACAGUUGAAGGAGGAGCUUGAUCGCUCUGAAUCUGAGGUUCGUGAAGCUCAGCUUAGAUUGCAAAACGGAAUUGCAGCCAAGGAAGCGCUUGCUGCACGUACACAAUCUGCUCAUGCAGACCAUGCAAAAGUUACGCAAGUGACAUCUAAUACUCAAAUUUAG